GUCUGGAUAAUGGGGAAAAAUCAGCAUUGCUAGAAAGAGUUGUAAGUCCAUUUACAACUCACCUUUUUAAAGCGUGCUCUCUAAUUUUUUUAGUAGUCUUCUGGCGUUAUCUUUGAAUGCCUUGAAGGGGAGAUGGAUUUUCUGAAUAUAGGAACAGGAUUUAAACUGGUAAUUUGAUGGAUAACAGUUUCCAAAAUUUGAUGGAUAACAGUUUCCAAAAAUCAAAGUUUUCCACAGGAAGAUUCCAAGUUUGCUGACAUUUUUGAUUUUCUGUUAGGAAAACCAAAAUAUUUCAUUUCAGGUUGGGUCAACUCAAAUUGAAACAUUACAGUUUAGUUCGAGUUUGACAUUGAACUGCAUCUAUUUGAGCUGCUAUGAAACCUUGUGCCCGGGUUCUUCUUUAUGGGCUGGGCUCCCUGGCUGGACUCAUUUUCCAUGAUUCACUACUGUCUCAUCUCUUGUUUCGCUUCUGCAGUGCAUCAUGGGUAAUGUACUAUGAGGAGCCUGGAUCAUAGAGGAGAAUGGGGUAUGAGGUACCUGAUCUACAGCUUCACAUGAGGCAGCAAGAUAACAUCAUUACAUUUUCAAAUUGAAUUGUUUUGGAAUUUUCUGUUCUGUGGAAAAAAUAUUUCAACUUUUGUCUCAAUUGAACACAUGUGCCAAAAUAUCAACAUUUCCUAUGGAUGGAAAUUCUGAUUUUGAACUAGCAAUAGCCACAAACAGCCACCAAAAAGAAAGGGCACCUGCAAAACCCAGCCAACACUUGAGACUUGCUGUUUUAAAACCUAGAAAAUGUUAAGCUCCCAACACACAGUUGAACUGGAAAAUAAAUUAAUCCUUCUUAAUUUUGAAAAGUAUAGUAUUCAACAACUUCAAGAAUAUUACCUGGAUGAUAGUUGCAACUAAAUAAAAAGAUCUCCUUUUGUAGCUGCCCUGUUCUGAAGCAGAAGGAACAUAUUGCUAAUCUGUACAUCACUCUACUGUAGAUAUUAUUUUAUUGAUGCUUUGUCAGAGAGCAGCCCUCCACAGCUGUGCACCCACACAAACUAGUUAACAUCUCAGACUGUUUCAGUGUGCAGAAGAGAUAUGGAUUACUACCGGUAAACAAUAUCUCUUUAGUGUUAAUUAUGCUUUAAUUUUCUGAAUAAAAUUAUGAAUCCUGCAAAAUAAAAUCUGAAAAAGGCAUAAAACUACUACAAAAAGGCUUUUUUAAACUUGGUGGAGACAAUGAAAGAGGGGAAGCAAAUGUCUAGAACCAGCUGGUCUAUACAAAGUUUUGGAAUGAAGAAAAUUUUCAAGCAUGGGUUUGCUAAGAAUAGAUUUCUAAUUGGAACAGGUGUGUGAGAACAGCAAUGUUUACGAAAGCAGCAUUUAUUCAGUUUCUUAAUGGCACUGGUCUUGGAAAUUAAUCCUAUUUUUUCUGAAAAAAUUCUGGGGUUGACAGAAAUAUUAACGUUGGUUAUGUAGAUUAGGAACAUUUUGAAAGUGUAUUUAAACUACUCAAGUGGGGAAAAAAUUAUGACAUAAUCUCCUUACAAAGUUAUGUUCUGAAUAGAACAUUUAGCGCAAUAGAGCGCCUUCAUUCACUAUCUACAAACUAGGCACCCAGCUCUAUUCCAAUUAAGUAAAUGGGAAUUUUGCCAGUGACUUCAGUGGAAGGAGGUUAGGACUCUUAAGAUCUGGAGAAGAUUCUGUGGAUACAAGUGCAUUGCAGCCACAUACAAGGGAGGAGAAAGCCAUUACCUGAAAAAAAAAUAAUGAACUACAUGUACCAGUUGUGCAAGUCCCUUGAUCACAUGCACAGAAAUGGAAUAUUUCAUAGAGAUGUGAAACCAGAAAAUAUAUUAAUAAAGCAGGAUACCCUGAAGUUAGGAGACUUUGGAUCUUGUAGGAGUGUAUAUUCCAAGCAGCCAUAUACAGAAUAUAUCUCUACACGCUGGUACCGAGCACCUGAGUGCUUGCUCACAGAUGGCUACUAUAGCUACAAAAUGGACAUGUGGAGCUCUGGCUGCGUUUUCUAUGAAAUCACAAGUUUCCACCCUCUCUUUCCUGGAUCUAAUGAAUUGGACCAAAUAUCAAAAAUCCAUGAUAUUCUAGGCACCCCUGCUAAGAAAACUCUUAAUAAGUUCAAACAGUCAAGAGCUAUGAGUUUUGAUUUCCCCUUUAAAAAAGGGACAGGACUAUCUCCACUUGUGCCUAAUAUCUCCCCCAAGAGCCUCUCCCUUAUGUAUGCGAUGAUAGAAUAUGAUCCUGAUCAGAGAACUGGUGCCCACCAAGCACUACAGCAUCCUUAUUUCCAAGAGCUGAGAAUAGCAGAGAAGCAAGCUGUAACCAUGCACAGAAAAAUGAGAUUAGCAGAAAACAUAGUGGGACAAGAAUCUAUCAACUUGUGGUGUAUUUCAAAGGAUGGUAAUAGGCAGCACUCUCUUAGGAAAACCCAGGAGAAUUCAAUAAGACAUCAUGAACCUUCCUAUGCGAUAGAAUUGCCAAAACUGAAUGUUUCUGGAGUAACCAAGUUGACUUCUUAUCCUAAUCGUACAUUUCAUUCAGUUUUUACCACACCUGCAACAAAUGGUGAAGUCCCUGUGUUACAACCUAUUAAAUAUAUUGGGACAAAUCAAAAGUCUGAAAAACAAAAGGAACUUAAGUCUUCUGUGAAACAAUACCACUUACCCACAAUAGAAAGAAGAGGUGGAGGAUAUUGACCAUCUUGUCAAAUAUUUGGAAUGUAAGGAAAAGCAUGAGUAUGCAGUGAAACAGAUUCAACCAUGCUUUCUAUAUUAUUGUCAAAGGUACACCAAAAGCAAUAGUGCCUUAUCUUUUGUUUCCCUGAAAUGCUGCAGGAAAACACUACAAGACUAUUAGCACUUUAUUUCUGAACAAUAUCAAUAUUUAUCUAAGCACCAUUUUGGCAGCUCAAAAUGCACUUUAUACUUGAACCCUUUUAAACAAAUUAGCUUUUUAACAUUUUUUUUAAACAAAAAUGGAUAAUUUAGGAUGUUUUAGUUUGAGUGCUAGGAAUGCCAUUUUGUACUUAAGUUUUAUAUUAUAUGCAAAAUAGUUUAUGAUGAUAUUUAAAACUUGUUAAACUUGAUCUGUUCAUUUUGUACCUUUUUAACAGAUGAAAAUGUUAGUUGCGUAGACAAUGUUGGAAAAUUACCUCCUGUAUUAGGUUGAUAAUUUCAAAGCUCAAGUCUGUUAAUAUUUUAUGGAUUAUGAUAUAAUUUGAGAAACACCUGAUUUUAGUAAAAUUAAACAGUUUUAAUUUCUUUUGACAUUUGUAUAUGCAAAGGAUAGCUGUACAGUUACAUAUCUGAUUCAUAAGCAAAUCUAUCUUUA